AACCUUUUCAGCGCCAAAGUCUGAUAUAUAAGACGUUAAAGUUUCGUGCCCUCGCCGCCAAAGUCUGAUAUAUCAGACAAAUAAAUCUUACCAAUUUAACUCUAUUUUUUCUAAUCGUUAUAGUACCUGAUCACAUAUGCAUAAAAUUUUCAGACAGUUUAUACUUUAGUUAAUCAAAAAUAACAAUUUCACAAUGUAUUAUAACGUUAUUUUAAUAAUAAAUUAUUAAAAAAGAAACCGUGUUUAUUGAUUAAAUCCGACUCUUUUUUUAUUUGAACCCUCAGCGCCAAUGUCUGAUAUAUAAGACAUUAGUGAUGUUACAUUACAAUGCAACUACCAAAGCCUAAAUAAAUAAAAUAAAUCAGGUACUCUAAAAAGAAACUUCUAAAAAAGUCAGAAUUAUACAGAUUUUUGUUUUGGGCAUAAACAUUUUUAAGUGUGAUGUUAUUUUACAAGUUUUACCACAGAAAAUGGAAUUAUUUUCAAAUUAUGUUUUGAAUCGAAUCCAGUAAAUUUCAUGGUAUGUCACAACACUAUAGCGACACGAUCAUGCAUCAGUCUCGUGCGCCAACGUCUGAUAAAUCAGACACGGAAGUGACGUCAGAGGCGAUAGAUGUUUCUAGAACUAUUUAUUUUGUGCUGUACAAUGAGGGUAGGAGAUAUCGAUAAAUUAUGGAAGUACCCUGCAAAAUCAUGUUAUUUAUUGGGUUAUCAUGUUUGCGUUGCUGUGUUGAUGUAUUAUCAUUGUAAAUUAAUAUUUAUUGAAAUAUGACCACUACAGAGGAGUUGAUUAGGAUUUUAGAAGGAACUAGUGAUGGUGAAUUUGAAAGUGAUGAAGUGUUCUUACAUAAUCAACAGGGACAAGAUGACGAAUUUAAUUGGUUGGCAGGAGCACCGCCGCCUCCAGUUAUCGACGAGUUCGAUCAUUUUACGUCAGGAAUAUCACCAAGUUUAAUAUCAAAGGCUUCGUCUGAACUGGAAAUCUUUGAACAUUUUAUUAAUUUAGAACUUAUCGAACAUAUGGUUAAAUGCACUAAUCAAUACCAUCAACGUCUAGUGAGAACUCUUCCAUUGAAAACGUACUCAAGAUUACACCGAUGGAGUGACGUCACAGUACAAGACAUGUAUAUAUUUUUAAGUGUCACCAUGUUAAUGACAAGAAAUUCACAUUUGUCUAUUGAAGAACAUUGGUCGACGGAUCCCCUAUUAUGUGCUCCUAUAUUUGGGAAGUUAAUGACUCGCAACAGAUAUUGUAUGAUUUUAGGUAUGCUCUGUUUCCAUGAUCUGACAGCAGCACCAGCAUCAACGUCUGAUUUAAGACUAACUAAGCUAGAAUUUAUUAUACAACACGCACGUAGAUUGUAUAAAGAAUCAUUGGUUCCUUACAAGAAUUUGUGUAUCGAUGAAAGCAUCGUCCCUUUUAAAGGGCGCCUUGUUUUCAAGCAAUAUAUGCCUAGAAAACGAAAUAGAUUUGGGAUAAAGCUUUUUGUACUAUGUGAUAUUGAAACUGGAUGCAUAGUGGACUUCAUAGUAUAUUGUGGUGCAACCACUGAUGUUGCAGAUAUUCCGGAUUUGGGCAAAAGUGGGUCUGUCGUAGUUAAACUCCUUGAAGACUAUUUUGAUUGUAACAGGUGCUUAUAUGUUGACAACUGGUACAGUAGUUCUUCGCUGUUUAAGUAUUUAAAAAAUAAGAAAACUUACGCAUGUGGCACGGCUAAAGUAUCUAGGCGUGGGAUGCCAAAAUUUAAAAAAAUUAAGAAAGGCGAAGUGGAUUCCCAUUACUGUGGCUCGCUAAUGGCAUUAAAAUGGAAAGACAAAAAAGAUGUUAUAAUGUUAAGUACAGUUCACGACAGUAAACUUGUGCCAUCUGAAAAAAUCGAUCGCGUUACCCGUCUACCGAAAAUGAAGCCUGAGUGUGUGAUUGAUUACAGUAAAAAUAUGGGAUCAGUUGAUAGAACAGAUAUGAUGAUAAGCUCAUUAACGAUCAUGAGAAAGACUGUAAAAUGGCACAAAAAGCUGGGUUUCCACAUUUUCGACAUGCAUUUAUUAAAUUCCUUUUUUAUUUACAACGCCAUGAGCAUGACAAAGCUUGAUUUAGCGCAAUUUCAGUUGAAUGUGAUACAGCAACUCAUAAGCAAACACAAACCGGCAGCUGAUGUAUUGACCAUUAUACCGCGAACUUCACAAAGACAAAGUCUUGAUAGUAACCCUUUACGUUUACUUACAGCCGCGGCUGUAAAGCAUAUGCCAAAACUCAUUCCGGAUAGGAAAUGUCAACGGUGCAAAGUUUGCACUAAAAACAAAAUCAGAUCCCAGACUCGGUAUUACUGUGCAGAAUGCAACGUUUAUUUAUGUGUAGAUCCCUGUUGUAGAGUGUAUCAUGAAAAGAAGGAUUUGUAA